AUGUCCAAUCCACGUCCACCACUCCGCUCACAGAGUCAGCCGUCGGACAACAAAUUACAAAAAAGAACAUCCAUCGCAUCUCCAUCUGCAUCAACCACCUCAACUUCCAUACCCCCUCAUCUAGUUAGAAGUCGUUCGACAGUCCACUUACCACUCUAUCGUCGAGUGUUAUUCCCUCACGAUGAUCCGACAUCUGAGAUUCCACAGAUCAUCAGAGGUAAAGGUGAUGAAGUGGAGUUGAUAAAUGAGAGACUAAACCAUCUCCUGGCCAUAGCAUUAAGAGGCUAUGUCCUUCAGUGGUACACCCGAUUCUCCACAGACCGUUCAUUCCCGCCUUCCAUCCAUCAACAAAUCAUCUAUCCAAUCUUACAUCCCAUCUUAUCUGACCUAUAUACCGACCGAGGAAAAGAUAGAUUAUGUGAAUUACUCUUGGUGGAUCUGCCUGUAAUACUCAAUUUACAUAUCAAGACCUAUUAUCAAGCUAAAUCUGCUCAGAAGUAUCUUCCUACUCACGCUGGAUUAGAUGAUAAGGGGGAGCAUGAAAUAGUAGAGGGGUACCAUAAUCGUCUACCUCUCUUAUCCAUAUCUAAACGAGAAGAUACUCAGGAAUAUGGUAUAUCAUCCAUAUACUUAUCAGCAUUAUCUACUUCACUUAUCAACCUAUACGUUACACCCGAAGGAAAACAAAUACCAGAUGUAGAGAGAUUGAUGAUCAGGGAGAUACUUGCAAAAUCAAUAUUGGGUAGUAUAGUUAAGAGGUUAUGUGAAGGUUGGUUCUGGUACCAGAUUGUAUUGAAAUUACUUUGUGAACCGACAAAUAACAAUGAUACGGCCAAUAAACACCCUGAUUUAGAAGAAUGUAAAGAAAAAGAAGGUAGAUCAGUUGAUCAAACCAUUCUGCAUUUCUUCAAUACAUUCAUCAAUAUCUGUAUCAAGCUAUGGAACCUAUCCAUAAACAUCAUCGCUCUACACUCGGCUGCACCUAAAGAAAAAGGAACAUACCAAAGAUGUUAUGAACCGACUUUACUACUAUUACGUGAGAUAGUAGGUGUAGAUGGUCAUGAAGGGAUGGAAAGGAAGAGAUGGUCGAAGAGAUUGGUUUGGGGUGGGGCCGAAUUGGUAGUAGGGUUGUUUGGAGGGAUUUUGGAUAGACUCCUCCCACACCUAAUGAAAACAUACAUCCUCAAUCCUCGCACCUCUCUCAGACUAAUUGACAUAAUUGAAAAGCUCCUCUUUCCCGAUGGCUAUCCCGGUCCAUCACCUAUCGAUCCCACUUCUCAGGAAGCACUGGAUCUUCGUCUAAGGGCAGAACGAAGGAUCGACCAGCUCUUACCGUCUUACAUUCAGAGGAUCUUCUUCGAUACGUCUAGAGGGACUAAGGUGAUCUUAGAUCCGAUUGAAGAUAGGAGUUGUAAUGCCCACCUGGUAGGCAUGGUUCUGGAUGGGCUGGUAGGGACGUCGAUACCUGAUUUGGUGAUUCAAGAACAAGAGCAGCGAGUGGCCCAGGUAGAUCUGGAUCAGCUCGACGAAUCGGACUGA